UCCUCAGCGCAGAAUGGGCAGAUGCGGCUUGGAAUCGUCGUGAAUAGUGCGGAGUAAGACUUGCGCACAUUUGCCCCAGAGAAUAAUCCAGCGAAUUCGGGUAUCCGCUUUCCGUGGGUCGCGCUGGCGAGGGAGCUCGCCGGACGCUGCCAGAACCUGCUCGCGCACUCUGGUUGGCCCGCGAACCGUCGAAACUUCCAGAAGUGACUGAGGAAAACUGCUCCUCCCCACAACAUAUAUAACUGCACCAUGGCCUUUGUUGCCCUUCUCUCACUAUCAACUCAAAAAGACACACAUUCCACUAGCGUUUUCAGCUUCUGUGAGCGUGCUGCAACCCCAUCAGCAGUUCCUUUUACAAGCUCUUUGUGAUACCCCAACUUUCUUCCCUACUUUACCAUCCCCACACCCACAACGAUGGCUCCCGCUGUCGGUAUCGAUCUAGGAACCACCUACUCCUGCGUGGGUAUCUUCCGUGAUGACCGCAUCGAAAUCAUUGCCAACGACCAGGGCAACCGCACCACGCCCUCGUUCGUUGCCUUCACCGAUACCGAGCGUCUCAUCGGAGACUCUGCGAAGAACCAGGUCGCCAUGAACCCCUCCAACACAGUCUUCGAUGCGAAGCGUCUCAUCGGCCGCAAGUUCAAUGAUCCCGAGGUCCAGGCAGACAUGAAGCACUUCCCCUUCAAGGUGAUUGACAAGAACGGCAAGCCUGUCAUUCAGGUCGAGUUCAAGGGCGAGACCAAGACCUUCACCCCCGAGGAGAUCUCUUCCAUGGUCCUCACCAAGAUGAGGGAGACAGCAGAGUCGUAUCUUGGUGGAACCGUCAACAACGCCGUCAUCACUGUUCCUGCCUACUUCAACGAUUCUCAACGCCAAGCCACCAAGGAUGCCGGUCUCAUUGCUGGCCUCAACGUCCUCCGCAUCAUUAACGAGCCCACGGCCGCCGCCAUUGCCUACGGUCUGGAUAAGAAGGCUUCUGGCGAGCGUAAUGUCCUGAUCUUCGAUCUCGGUGGUGGUACUUUCGAUGUGUCGCUCCUUACCAUUGAGGAGGGCAUCUUCGAGGUCAAGUCCACUGCCGGAGAUACUCACCUUGGUGGCGAAGACUUCGAUAAUCGUCUUGUUAACCACUUUGUUAAUGAAUUCAAAAGAAAGCACAAAAAGGAUUUGUCCACCAACGCUCGUGCCCUGCGCCGUCUCCGCACUGCCUGCGAACGCGCCAAGCGUACCCUUUCCUCCUCCGCUCAGACCUCGAUUGAGAUAGAUUCUCUGUUUGAGGGUAUCGACUUCUACACCAGCAUCACCCGUGCCCGUUUCGAGGAGCUGUGCCAGGAUCUCUUCCGCUCCACCAUGGAACCUGUCGAGCGUGUCCUCCGCGAUGCCAAGAUCGACAAGUCCUCUGUCCACGAGAUCGUCCUUGUCGGCGGUUCCACCCGUAUCCCCAAGAUUCAGAAGAUGGUCUCCGACUUCUUCAACGGCAAGGAGCCCAACAAGUCCAUCAACCCCGAUGAGGCUGUUGCCUAUGGCGCUGCCGUCCAGGCUGCUAUCCUCUCCGGUGACACCUCCAGCAAGUCCACCAGCGAGAUCUUGCUUCUGGAUGUCGCUCCGCUCUCCGUCGGUAUCGAGACUGCAGGCGGUGUCAUGACUCCUCUGAUCAAGCGCAACACCACCAUCCCCACCAAGAAGUCCGAGGUCUUCUCCACCUUCUCCGACAACCAGCCCGGUGUGCUCAUUCAGGUCUACGAAGGCGAGCGCGCUCGUACGAAAGAUAACAACCUGCUGGGCAAGUUCGAACUCACUGGCAUCCCACCUGCGCCUCGUGGUGUCCCCCAGAUUGAGGUCACCUUCGAUGUCGAUGCCAACGGUAUCAUGAAUGUCUCCGCCGUCGAGAAGGGCACUGGCAAGUCCAACAAGAUCGUCAUCACCAACGACAAGGGCCGUCUGUCCAAGGAGGACAUCGAGCGCAUGUUGGCCGAGGCUGAGAAGUACAAGGCUGAGGAUGAGGCUGAGGCUGCCCGUAUCAGCGCCAAGAACGCCCUCGAGUCUUAUGCCUACUCCCUCCGCAACACCAUGAGCGACUCCAAGGUUGACGAGAAGCUCGACGCUGCCGACAAGGAGAAGCUGAAGGCCGAGAUCGACAAGACCGUUGCCUGGCUUGACGACAACCAGCAGGCUACCAAGGAUGAGUACGAGUCUCAGCAGAAGGAGCUUGAGUCCGUCGCCAACCCCAUCAUGAUGAAGUUCUACGGUGCGGGUGGCGAGGGUGGCAUGCCUGGUGCUGGUGGCCCUGGCGGCUUCCCCGGUGCCGGUGGUGCUCCCGGCGCUGGCCACGACGACGGCCCUACUGUCGAGGAGGUCGACUAAGCGGAUCGCUGAAAUGCAGUAGGCUUUUCUCUUGCCUUUUCCUCGGUAUAGACGUUUCUCUGGGAGGUCAUUAUUGGAGUUUCUCGGGCCGGUUGGGUCCUAUUUUCAUGGGUUUCUGACUUUCCCUUUUGCAUGGGAUGCAUCAUGAUGAUGAUUACGAUUGGCGGAAGAAAGAAAAUAGGGUCGGAU